AUGGGCAAUUGCUUUAGCUGUUUUCGCGGCGACGGAGAGGCGCGUGCAGUGAAAGCGACAGGCGCCGCUUCCGUUCAACAGACCGAAACCGCUGGCGCGCCCCAGCCGUCAUACACGCCGUCCUCCAUUGCGGACCACUGGGAAUACCAAUCCGCGCCUCUCGUUCUCGCUCCUUCCCCCACCCUCCCCUACCCCAUCGAACUGAACAG